AUGGCUUCUGUCUCCAAGCUCAGCUGCAUCAUCUACCGGGCCCUCAUGCUGCACAAUGAUGAUGAGGUGACCAUCACAGAGCAUAAGACCGAGGCGCUCAGGAAAGCAGCUGGCGUAAAUGUGGAAUGUUUUUCACCUGGCUUGUUGGCAAAGGCCCAGGCCAAUGUCAACAUCGGGAGCCUCGUCUGCAAUGCAGGGACUGGAGGACCUGCUCUAGGAGGUGGUACUGCACCUGUAGGAGGUCCUGCCCACUGCACCACUGCUGAGAAGAAAGUGGAAGCAAAGAAAAGAGAAUCUGAGGAGUCUGAUGAGGACACGGGCUUUGGUGUUUUUGAUGAAAUCUCUUUUGUGAUAUGA